AUGGGCUUUGUCGCAAUAUGUACAGCCCUCUACGACUACAAGCCGCAGGGUGCUGGCGAGCUCGAGAUCAAAGAAAAUGAGCUGCUCUACAUACUCGAGAAGAGCGCCGAUGAUGACUGGUGGAAGGCACGGAAGAAGGCCGAUGACGAGGAUGAGGAUGAGCCGGAAGGGCUGAUUCCUAACAACUAUGUUCAGGAAGCCACUCCGCAACAUACCGCAAGGGCGCUGUAUGACUAUGCGCGACAGACUGAUGAGGAGGUCUCAUUCUCAGAAGAUGCCGAAUUGGACGUCUUCGAUACCUCCGAUGAUGACUGGACUUUGGUUGGCGUAAAUGGAGAGUUCGGCUUCGCACCAGCCAACUACAUCGAGCUCGGCGGCGCACCUGCGCCCAAAUCGCCCUCGGUCGCCUCGAAUCGGCAAAGUGCCUACGACGCCGCGCCCCCAAUCCUCGCAGGCCAUUCCGCACCUCCGGCAGCUUCCAGGGCUGUUCCUUCAGCCCCAGCACCUCAACAAGAGCCUACACCAGAUCCGUCAGACGAGGAAGAGAACCGUCCGCCGCUGCCAGGUCGGCCACAGUCACAAGCUCUUCCCAGUCCGGUCCACAUACCAUCACCCACCUAUGCCCGGGAUGAACCGCCUGGCGUCCUGCCAUCUCCGCCGUACAACAGGGCAGGCUCAUUUCCGAACAUCGACGAGCAACCAUACUCUCCAGGUGGCUAUCAUCUCUAUAACAUUAACGAAAUGGUCUCUGCUAUGGGCAGGAGGAAAAAGAUGCCAACCACGCUAGGCCUUAAUAUCGCUACGGGAACCAUCAUGAUAUCUCCAGAGAAAUCAAGAGACGGACCGUCGCAGGAAUGGACCGCCGAUAAGCUCAGCCAUUACUCUAUUGAAGGAAAGCACGUCUUUUUGGAGCUGGUUCGUCCUAGCAAGAGUCUUGAUCUGCAUGCGGGCGCGAAAGAUACCGCACAAGAGAUCGUUGCAACACUGGGCGAGAUCGCUGGCAGAGCAAAGGGCGAAGGUCUUAAAGAGAUCAUUGCAGCGGCUUCUGGUGGCUCACUACAGAAGAAGGGCAAAGUCAUGCAUGACUUCAUGGCCCAGGAUGAUGAUGAGGUGACCGUAGCCGUGGACGAUGAGGUCGUCAUCCUAGACGAUACGAAGUCCGAAGACUGGUGGAAUGUUCGAAGGCUGAAGAACGGCAAAGAGGGAGUCAUGCCCAGCAGCUAUAUCGAAGUUACUGGGACCGUCGCAGUCGAGCCUCCGUCGCGAAGUGGUGCGAACGCUGGACGAUCAAUGGUAGAACAGAACAGGCUGGAGGAAGAAAGGCUUGCACGAGAGGCCGCACGCGCUGAGCGUGCUCGUCGAGAUGCCGAAGAGGCGAGAGCACGAUCGGAGAUCCCGCAGAGAGGCUCCAGUUUGGCUGAGGAAGACAGCAAAAGGUCACGGAGGGACAAGCGCGGAAGCAAGAGCGAAGGGAAGUCGAGAUCGAAACCCGACACAAACAAGGUUCGAACCUGGACUGAUCAUUCCGGGUCAUUCAAGGUCGAAGCACAGUUCAUUGGCGUCGCUGACGGCAAGAUCCACCUGCACAAGGUCAAUGGCGUCAAGAUCGCGGUCCCAGUCUCGAAAAUGUCGCCAGCAGAUCUUGCGUAUGUCGAAAAGGUAACGCACGAGUCGAUCGAAGAUAACAUGCCUGUGGCUGAUCUGAUAAAGAUGAAACGCAAAAGUCAAGGCGCUGGUGGGCAAAGCGGCGCCUCGAUCGAGCCCAAGCAGUCUGACUACGAUUGGUUUGACUUCUUCCUGAAAGCAGGUGUCAAUCCGCAUACCUGUGAACGAUACGCCCAGGCAAUGACUCGUGACUCAAUGGACGAAAGCGUGCUACCAGAGAUUACGCAAGAGACUCUCCGAACGCUUGGCCUGAAGGAAGGGGAUACUCUCAAGGUGAUGAAAUACCUGAAUGAGAAGUAUGGUCGAAACAAGGCUGCUCCUGUCAAUGGCGAAGGUGGUCUAUUUAGUGGACCUGGCGGAGCUCUAAAGGAUAACAGCGGUCGCUCCCGGCCUGAUGCAAAUCGGUCGACGAGUGACAAAGUCGAUGCAGCUGCGUUCAGCCAAGAGAAGGACAAGGCGCCGUCAUCUGAUGCCAAGGAAACGCCUCUGGCAAAGGCUCCCGCUCGAGAAGCCAGGAAUGGCUUCGAUGACGAUGCUUGGACGCCGAAGCCAUCGCAGCAGCCGGCGUCGCCUCCACGCCAGACAGUCGCAUCUCCGCCGCCGAGAGCGCCAUCUGCUGGGAUGGCUGAUCUGUCUCUGCUCGACAAAGUAACGCUUGAACCGCUCGAGCCAACCAGAAGAGAGCCGCAGCCACAAGUUGCACCAGCACCAGCAGCUCCACCACAGCCACAGAUGCAGGCACCUCCUCCAGCUGCUCCGCAGCAGCCUCAACAGACUGGCGCCACGCCUUCCUUCUUCGCCCAAGUCGGACAGCAAGCAAACGCUGGCAGACAACGGCCAGCACCACCUCAGCAACAGUUUACAGGAUCUGCUUUACUGCCACCACCACAAAGGCCACUUUCGGCUCCGCAAAAUCAACAGCAAGGCUUCGGUGUCCAGCCAUUAGCGCCACAACUUACUGGGUUCGCUACGAGGCAAGCACCGUACGGCCAAAGCCUUGACGAGCUCCAAGCUCAACGCCUCCAACAGCAGCAGUUCCAGCAAAUGCAGCUGCAACCACAACAGACUGGCUUUCCAGGUCAGUUCGGCCCAAUGCCGAAUGGAAUGAUGCAACAACCUACCGGCUUCCAGCCGCAGCAAUUCCAGCAACCAUAUCUCAAUGGCAAUGCUGCUGGUAGUCCGUUCGCCGAUUCGAACCAGUUUCAAGUGCAGCCUCAACCAACAGGCUACCCGACGCAGAUGCGUCCUGCAACAGGCAUCAACUCGAUGCUUCCACCAGCGUUGCAGCCACAGCCAACCGGGUUCAAUCAACAGCCGCCUCAACAGCCCAACGGCAUCAACCAGUUCCAGCCACAGCAACAGCCUUUCCAGCAGCAACAAUCGCACGGCAUGCAGCCACAGAUGACCGGCUUCCCCCAACAGCUCCAAGCUCAGCCUACCGGAUUCGGUCAGCCACCACAUCUUCAACCUCAGCCCACUGGCUUUGGUCAGCCACCACAGCAGAACGGCUUCGGGCAGCCACCGCCCACAAGCUUCUCACCGCCAACCCUCCCACCAAUGCCGCAAAUAUCGACUCCUGCCCCAUUAGUGGCACAAAAGACCGGUCCUGCACCGGAUGUUAAGUUCGGAAGCCAGCCGAGGAAGCUCACGCCACAGCCGACUGGGCGGAGGGCGAACCUGAGCUCUGCUACUCCCUCGAAUCCUUUUGGGUUCUGA